GCCGCCCGCCCCGGCCGCUCUAGGCUCCGCGGCUCUCGGUGGUGGCGCGCCCGGGGCCGCGCGCUCGGGGAAGAACGAGACGGGAGCGCGGCGCGGAGCCGCAGCCCGAGUUGGGCGGGCGGAGAGCAGGCUUGUCCUCCCGCUGCCGCCGCGCCUGCGGCCGAGCUCCGGCUCCGAGCCGCGCACCGGGCCGGACGCCCGCCGGGGCCCCCGCCGCCUCCCUGGGCGCAGGGAACAAAUCCAGGCCGCGCGUGGGCCCCGGCAUCCCCCACUGGGACUCUCGAUCCCGUGGGCCCAUGCCCAUCGGGCCCAGACCCCGCGCCGCCUAGCAGCACCCACCCCACCUCCACCCUCGCCCUUCCCCCGGCAGAAUUGGAGCAUUCUCCCCCACCGUUGGGUCCCUCAGCUUCAAGGGCCCCAGGACUUAUAGGUGGGGCCCUAGAACCUGGGCAUCCUGGACAGCGGCCCUUACAGCUCCUGCUUUCUCACUGUCUCUUCCUCUACAAAGUUCAGGAUCCCCUACCAGCUGCCCCCUCAAACUCACGACCAGCAGAGGCACCAUGGCCCCCAAGUUUGGGGAUGAGUGGAGCACAGCCCUCUCCCAUCUGGCACUUGCAGUGGUGUCUCUGCAUGCAGCCAUGUGCACCGCCCAGGCAAGCCGAGGGGCCGCUGCUGGCUUCUUGCUCCAGGCCUUGGCUGCCACCGCCACCGUGCUGGCCCCAGGGCUGGGUAUGGAUGAAGACUGUGUGGCGGGAGCCUGGGUGGCCACUGUCAUCGGCCUGCCCCUUCUGGCCUUCGAUUUCCACUGGGUGAACGGGGACCACUCCUCUGCCAACCUGCUGCUGGGAGGAGGCAUGGUGCUGGCCGUGGCUGGUGAGCACCUCGGCGCUGAGGGCCGAUCCGUGGCCGGCCAGGCAGUGCUGCUGGUAGUCUCAGUGACCAUCCUCAUCGUGGCUGUUUUCACGGCCAACACUUAUGGGAUGUGGGGGGGCGCGAUGCUGGGGGUGGCCGGCCUCCUGAGCCGGCUGGAGGAGGACAAACUGCUGCUGCCAAAGGAGGACGCCGGUCGCUGGGCCCUGGCUGUGGGCAGCUGGGCCUACUGCCGAGCCCUGCACACACAGCACCUGCAGUGGGGCUGACAGCAGAGUCAGUGGGGCAGGGCCUCCCUCCUGGCUUCCACAGGCCUGCCCCUGGAGCAUCCUCCCGUAAAGACAGGCUGGACUUGGUGCAGUUUGACUCGUCAGGGGCAGAGCCGGGGGUCUGCCUCUCUGGUCGUGCAGGGAUUGGCCUCGACCACUGAAGACGGACAGUCUGAGGCACACUUGGGGGCCUGAUUCUGGGCAGGACAUGGUUGUGGAUACAGAUAGAAGCUUGGUCUCCAAUAAACCUUAGGAAUUCAGC